GGCUGCAUUAUAUUACCGUCUUUUAACGUGGUUGCAUUAUAUUACCGUUUCAUGAAAUCAUUGCCCUGGCCUUCCCCCUUCCUUAUUUGUAUAAUUAAAGGCAGCGGCAAAGAGUCCCAGUUUUUGUGACAGUAGGCAGUCAUGGCCAUCUCUCUUGCAGCACUCCAAGCACCUCCAAUGGUGGCCUUCUUUAACCUUUGCACCAGGACCCCUAUCCUCACCAACUCCUCUCCAUAUCCAUCUCCCAUUUCUCCGAUUUUUGGUUCUUGGGCUCAUCUUCUCUGUCUCUUUUUUCUAUCUUCAUUGAAAGAACUUGUAGAGGGGUCCCUAGAAGCAAAGAGGCAUAGAGGAGCUCAUUCCAUGUAUCUGGUAAACCAGGCAAGCGCCAGCGAUUGCAAUCUGCAAAGGGUUCUUGCUGCUUUGUUACUCAAUAGUGAGAAGCUUCCCUCUCCUCUCUGUAAAAACCGACGUGUGUGUCUAUGCGAUACUGUGAUAGAUGUGCUAUGUUCAGACAUCUCACCACUCCAUCCAUCUCGGCAACAAUCUUCUAUGUCACAUUCUUUAUGGCUUGUGGAAAUCUUACGUUGUAUGAGUCGUCCAUGGACGGUUGUGUCGGGUUAUAGCACCAUUCCUUCCUAUUAAAAAAUCCCGAUGAAAUCGACUAAACUUUCCGCGUCACCCACAGAAGACCUAGAGGCUUGGAAUGUGGUUCUCUUGAAGACUAAUCUGAGCUUCCCACCCCUUUUGCCUGAGCUGUCAGGGAUCGAAAAUGGUGGGGAAAGAAAAAUGGAUCUAAAUUCUAAGAAAUGCAACAUAUUUGAUGGGAAUUGGAUAUACAAUCCAUUGCAACGUCCGAUAUAUGACCCAUCAUUCGUGUUCUUAAGCGAGCAAGUGAGCUGCUAGAAAAACAGACGGCCGGAUUCCGAGUAAGAGAAAUGGCAGUGGAAAACAAAAGAUUGUGAAAUUCCAAGGUAUAUAGGCCAUACAUGGUACUUAUAAGUAAACAUUAUGAUAUAGAACACUACAUGUUUAGUCUCAAUUAAGUAAAAAAAAUGGUUUGUGCCUUUAUAUUGCUGUGGUUUUAAGUGUUGUUUGUUUAGUGGGAAUGGUUUAAUGGGAUGGAGUUGUUGGAGAGGAUGAGAGGGAAACAAAUAGUUCUUGUUGGGAAUUCGUUGAAUAGAAACCGAUGGGAGUAUCUGGCUUUCUCCUUCCACCAUCUCGAGCGUAUGUAAACAUGCAAAG